GGUGCAAAAAUUAUGGGGUUUUCCGUGCUGAACUUGCAUUCUUUAAACCCUAGUUCAAAGUCUUUUCUUCAAUGCCAUUUCCGAAACCAGUGGAGCAAGCUUCCUUUGUCACCCAUAUGGUUUUCUUUCGGGAAGAAGGGAAGAGGAAUGAUGCAUUUGAGGAAGAGGGUGAGAGCGCCUGUAAUGGCUCUGACUGAGGAGCCUUUGAUUGAAUGUGGUGCAGAGGAGCAGGGUGUGGCACUCAAGGUUGUAGCUCUGGUGACUGUGAGGAAGAACCAUAUGGAGCGCAUGAAGGAGAUGACGCUCCAUUGGUUGGAUGCUUUCACUUCUCCUACAAAGGGGGGUGUCGUGCUGCAGCUUGUGAGCACUCAACUUGAUCCAAAGACAUUGGAGCCGAAGCUGAGCAAUGAAGCAGUGUUAGACUGGUCCAAGACCCUAGAAACUACAGCUGAUAGGAUUACUUACAGAGUUGAAUUUAUGGUCGUGAACUUUGGUGUGCCAGGAGCCAUCACAGUUAACAACAAAUAUCAGGAGGAGUUCUUCUUGGAAAGCAUCACGUUUGAAGGACUUGUCCAUUUUGCCUGCAACUCUUGGGUUCAACCAGAAAAGGUUAAUACAAAGAAAAGGAUCUUCUUUGCGAACAAGGCAUAUUUACCAUGUCAAACACCGGAGGGCCUGAAAGAAUUAAGAGAAAAGGAACUGAUGGAACUAAGGGGUGAUGGAAUGGGACUCAGGAUACCAUCUGAUAGAAUAUAUGACUAUGAUACGUACAAUGAUCUGGGGGAUCCAGAUAAGGGCGUUGAAUAUGCAAGGCCAACACUUGGAGGUAGGCAAAACCCACAUCCCAGACGUUGCCGGACUGGACGUCCUCCUACAAAGAAUGAUGUGGAAGCAGAGAGUCGAGAGCAUGCUGUCACGCCAAUUUAUGUGCCUAGAGAUGAAGCACUGGGGGAAUCCAAGCAAGAAGCUUUCAAUGUAGGGAAGUUGAAGGGAGUGCUCCGUAAUAUGGUUCCCUUUCUAACAGCUACCAUCUCUACUAAAGAUGAUGUCAUUAAGGAGUAUUCAGGCAUCGAUAACCUCUAUAAAGACAGGCCACUUCCUAAAAUCAAGUCACAGGAUGAAUUUCUCAAGAAACUUUCAUUGCAAAAUAUUCUUGGAAAAAUCCGAGAGCCCAUAGAAGAAAUUUUCAAAUUCGAGCCUCCAAAGGUCAUUUCUGGGCACACAUUGAGCAGCUUGCGAGAUGAUGAAUUUGGCCGUCAAGCAGUUGCGGGAAUAAACCCUCUAACCAUACAGAGGCUUGAGGUUUUCCCACCUAUAAGCAAACUUGAUCCCUCUAUCUACGGUCCACAAGAGUCAGCAAUCAAAGAGGAACAUAUUAUACACCAUCUAGAUGGAAUGUCUGUGCAACAGGCACUCAAUGAAAACAAGUUGUUCAUACUGGACUAUCACGACAUUUAUCUUCCAUUUCUCAAUCGGAUAAAUGCCCUUGAUGACCGGAAAGCCUAUGGAACACGCACGCUCUUCUUCCUGACCACAGUAGGAACUCUUAAGCCCAUUGCAAUUGAGCUCAGCCUUCCACCAACGGACCCAAAUUGCCCGCUGAAGCAGGUUCUCACCCCUUCUGUCGAUGCUACCACCAGUUGGCUUUGGCAACUUGGCAAAGCUCAUGUCUGCUCAAAUGAUGCGGGUGUUCAUCAACUUACUCACCACUGGUUGAGGACCCAUGCAUGCAUUGAACCAUUUAUAAUAGCAGCUCAUCGGCAACUGAGUGGAAUGCACCCUAUCUUCAAGCUUCUCAAGCCCCACAUGCGAUAUACGCUGAAAAUAAAUGCAUUAGCUCGAGAGAGUCUCAUCAAUGCUGGAGGGAAUAUUGAGAGCUUCUUCACUCCUGGAAAAUACUGUAUGGAGAUUAGUUGUGCUGCCUACCGAGAUUGGUGGCGAUUUGACUUGGAGGGCCUUCCAGCAGAUCUCAUUAGAAGAGGGGUGGCAGCACCAGACACAACCAAAGUCCAUGGGUUAAGACUACUCAUUGAAGACUAUCCUUAUGCCAAUGAUGGCCUCCUAAUAUGGUCUUCCAUUGAGAGCUUAGUCCAGACCUACGUAAAUUACUACUACUCAGAUGCAGAAAUGAUUGAGUCUGACACAGAGCUCCAGGCCUGGUACAAUGAGUCUAGAAGUGUGGGCCAUGCGGAUCUUUGCCAUGCUAGCUGGUGGCCCACACUCUCCACUCCAAAUGAUCUUACAUCCAUUCUCACCACCAUCAUCUGGACUGUGUCAGGACAACACGCAGCAGUUAACUUUGGACAGUACCCAUAUGGUGGCUUCAUCCCUGCACGUCCACCACUAAUGCGGCAACUAGUGCCAAAGGAGCAUGAUCCUGUAUAUGUAGAUUUUAUUGCAGACCCGCAGGCUUACUUUCUGUCAUCAUUGCCAAGUUUGCUUCAAGCAACAAAGUUCAUGGCUGUGAUUGAAAUAAUCUCUGCACACUCACCCGAUGAGGAGUAUCUUGGAGAAAGAAGAGACCUGUCCACCUGGUCAGGUGACACUGAGAUCAUUGAAGCAUUCUACAGAUUCUCAGUGGAAAUCAGAAGGAUUGAGAAGGAGAUUGAGAAAAGGAAUGCUGAUACAAGCCGUAGGAACAGAUGUGGAGCUGGCAUUUCACCAUAUAAGCUGCUUAUACCAAGCUCAGGGCCCGGGGUUACUAGUAAAGGCAUACCAAAUAGUAUAACAGUGUGAUUGAACUAAAGGAUCACCUGUUCUGCAGAUCUUUUCAGUAAUUGAUUGUAUUCACUAUGUAGGAACUAGGAAGUGAGAAUAAAUCUCUUUUAGAGAGAAGGCAGCAACAGGAAAAAAGAAAUA